AUGAAGUGGAUGGCCAUCAACGUUCUUUUCCCGGAGUUCAUCUUUGCUAAAGCCGUUUGCGACCUACGGCUCGCGCUCGAGGAACUCCGCGAGUUUGAUAUCAAUGUAGCACAGAAGAAGACGCGUCUCCAGCUUUCCGAAUGGACCGUGUCAUAUAAGGGGGCCAGCCACGAGUGGUCCUGGGAGUUCGAGUACCCACUGUGGGCGCGCGGGCUAUAUGGUCUGCUAGGCCUCACACCUCCGGAACCUCCUUUCAACGAGAAGCCUCUCCCGCAAUGGAUUUCGAGAAUAUUUUCUCUGAUCUCUUCCAACGCCAAAUCGUCCGAGAAUUCGAGCGAUCCUGAGGCCCAAUACUCGAACGCGCUUCCUCAUCGAGAGCACAAGAAGUUGGCCUAUCCCAGACGCCACAUAUAG